CAUUGUGGUUGUGCUUGAUAUUGUGUGGAACUUAGAGCAUGUGUGAAAUUGUGCACACUUGAACCUAGUGAGGGCAGUGAUUCAUUCGAAACAGUGGUCAAUCUCUUGAAUGAAAUGAUGUAAUGACAUGCAGUCCAGCAAAAGAUCACCGACGUUUCGGACGAAGAUCUCACACCUGCCAUCUCUCGGAGAACUGAUGUGUUGCUGAUGGCGAGGUAGCCAGGCGCCGAUCGAUAUCUGCUUGCAACAGAGGAAAGCUUCGUGUCUCCACUCAGUUUCCCCGUGACUCUGUGCCGCCUGCAACCAGCAUCACAUCUCUUCCCUCAUUUCAAAAUUACAAAGUAAUAUUCAAAGCGUGUAGGAUCCAUAAGCACAGGUGCCGAGUUGGUUGCAACACAGCUCUGAAAAGUUCGACUCAUUUCAAAACAUGUAUGGGUUUGUAAACUACGCUCUGGAGCUGCUUGUCGUGAAGACGUUUGGAGAAGAAACAUGGGAGACAAUUAAGAAGGAUGCCGAAGUGUCCAUGGAAGGCCAGUUUCUGGUUCGUCAAAUUUAUGAAGACGAAAUAACAUACAACCUCAUCAACGCAGCAGUAAAUGUUCUACAAAUUCCAGCCAACGCAAUCUUGGAACUAUUCGGGAAAACCUUCUUUGAAUUCUGCCAAGAUUCAGGCUACGAUAAAAUCCUUCAGGUACUCGGGGCGACCCCACGGGACUUCCUACAGAACCUUGAUGCACUGCACGACCAUCUGGGCACUCUGUAUCCAGGGAUGCGUGCCCCUUCGUUCCGUUGCACGGAGCGACCGGAAGAUGGAGCCCUGCUUCUGCAUUACUACUCCGACCGUCCUGGCCUCGAGCACAUCGUCAUCGGUAUAGUAAAGACGGUGGCCAGCAAACUGCAUGGGACAGAGGUCGAAGUGAAGAUCCUGAAGACCAAAGAAGAGUGCGAUCAUGUUCAGUUCCUCAUCACCGAGCUGUCUGGACCAGGGAAGGCCUCUCGACCGGAAGCUGAACAGAUUGAAACCCUCUCCAUAGAGCCCAAGGUGAGUCCCGCCACAUUCUGUCGCGUGUUCCCGUUCCACCUGCUGUUUGACCGUGAGCUGAGGGUAGUGCAGACAGGCAGUACGGUGGCUAGAGUCAUGCCCCGGGUCACCAGGCCCGGCUGUCGCAUCACCGACAUUCUGGACAUGGUGCGGCCUCAUUUAGAGCUGACUUUUGAAAACAUCCUCUCCCAUAUCAACACUGUGUAUGUCCUGAAGACGAAGCCAGGCGUCAUGAAGACUGAGGAUCCAGACGGCCCUCAGGAGUUCUCGUACCUGAGACUGAAGGGGCAGAUGUUGUAUAUCCCUGAAUCGGAUUUGGUUAUCUUCUUGUGCUACCCAAGCGUCAUAAACCUGGAUGAUCUGACAAGACGCGGCCUCUACAUAAGCGACAUUCCUCUUCACGACGCGACCAGGGACCUGGUGCUAAUGUCUGAGCAGUUUGAAGCAGACUACAAGCUGACUCGAAACUUGGAGCUCCUUACUGACAAGCUGCAACAGACAUACCGCGAGCUGGAAGGGGAGAAACAGAAGACAGACAGACUGCUGUACUCCGUGUUGCCGAUAAGUGUCGCCAAUGAACUACGUCACAAGCGUCCAGUUCCAGCGCGACGCUACGAUUGUGUGACGCUUCUCUUCUCUGGAAUUGUGGGCUUCAGCGACUAUUGCGCCACAAACACGGAUUCAAGAGGCGCUAUGAAGAUCGUGCGCCUCCUCAACCAGCUGUACACAGCGUUUGACGUCCUGACAGAUCCCAGGAAGAACCCCAACGUCUAUAAGGUGGAGACAGUCGGUGACAAGUACAUGGCGGUGAGUGGACUGCCCGAACCUUGCCAGACACACGCCCGUUGCAUAGCUCGUCUUGCCCUUGACAUGAUGGACCUCGGCAGGGAAGUUCAAGUGGACGGCGAACCAGUGAGGAUAACAAUUGGAAUCCAUUCCGGUGAAGUGGUGACGGGCGUCAUAGGGCACCGAAUGCCGCGCUAUUGCCUCUUCGGCAACACCGUCAACCUCACGAGUCGCACCGAAACUACUGGCGAACCUGGGCGAAUCAACGUGUCCGAGGACGCUUACAGGUACCUAUGUCGGCCAAGUAACGCUGACCCACAAUUCCACUUCGACUACCGGGGCCCAGUGAACAUGAAGGGUAAAUCUGAGCCUAUGAACGUCUGGUUUCUAAGUCGAGAGAAGGAGUACAUCGUCUGAAUCAAGCAGAGAGCUACAACAACCUCAGCUCUACCUUCUCAUCCGUGGUCCCAAAGAGUCGCAGUCCAAUGGGAAUGACUUACUUUGUGUACAAGAAAAUUAUAUAACGAAUCCCAAAACCGCUAUGUGGAUUACACAUUGUGACACGGAAGCCAGAAGAAGCAGUCAUUGCUUUGUGACUGUAUAUACUAAGAGUCUCUAGGUUACGGUUCCCAACAAUGGAGAUUCAACUGCUCUCGUGUUUACGUCGUUGCCUGCUGCCUACCUUCUCACAACUAUUCAUUGUCGU